UUCCCUCCAUCUUCAUAAUAAUAACCCGCCAAAGAUUGAAAUUGCGUAUCACUAUUGUUAGUUUGGGGAAUUGGAAUUGGGAAGAGAAAAAUUCAAAACAGAUGCCAUUAUUGAGCUCAAUGGAGUGCGAUUACCCAUUAAUCGACUCCAAUUUCCGCGACUUCUGUGCUUCUCACGUCAUUUAUUCAGUUGAAGAUUUUCUUCUACGUGAUCUUUACGUAUUAGUGAUUUCAACCGAACAUUAUCAUAAUUCGGAGAGAUUGAAGGAGGGCAUCACUCAAGUUCUGACUAUCAUUAAUGGUCAGCAUCAACCAUGGGUAAAUGGUCAGGAGUUGUUGGAUGAUGCUUUACAGAAUAAAAGCUCCUUACCUACUGGAUGUAGAAGAAUAGAUGUGUUUCUUCAUGGUGGAUUAAAGAAGGGACAUCUGACUGAGCUAGUUAGCCCGUCAUCCUCCGAUUUGCUUACGAGCUGCUUCAAGAGUUGCAAAAGGCUGGGGCAAAAUCAUUUUCUUGGACUCUGGAAAUUCUUUCUCUUCAAAACGUCUUGCUCAAUUUGUCACUCAGACAUCAGAUCCUUCUGCUUAUGAGGUGGACAAGGCCCUUCAACAAGUAAUGAACAACAUAGUAUGCUUGUCAGUGUUUGACAUUUUUACACUGUUUGAAGUGCUUCAUCAGCUAAAGAACAAUCUCAUAUCUCAGGUAGAUCAGCAUAUACGGAUGAUUAUCAUUGACUCAAUAUCAUCACUCAUUACACCAAUUCUUGGAGGAGGUGGUGCACAAGGUAAUUUUUCACUAAAAGAUGAAAUGAUAACUUUAUGGUAGUAAUUUUUAGUUAUCCUUUUUACUAGUAUUUACUUUCUUAAGCAAUUUGAGAUUUAAGUUGUAGUUUCUUUAUUUUAAGAAAUAUUUGUUUUGUUUUCUUUAAUGUAGUUCAUUGGUUGACGAAACUACAAAUUCUAAUUGGUUUAGAUUUAGUUGUUUUUUUUUCCUCUAGUAUUUAUAUUCCAGCUAGUUUGGGAUUGAAACCUAGUUGUUGAUAUAUGCUCUCAGACAUAAUGCAACAUUUGUGAGUUCUCCUACAAUUUUUUUCACCGAUUUGUUGUUUCUGCUAUCUACUAUCCUAGUGCAAACUUGUUUCUAGGUAUCUGAUGGACAAUUGCUUAUGAAAAAGAUGUUAAAUGGGAAUAAAGUAGUAAACGUGCAAAUUCCUACACUGAUAUUAAUCUUGCUUUUCUGAAUUUCAUUUUUUCCAAAUAAAUUUAAUUUUAUCCUGAGUUUCUUCUUCCGUCUAUAGGCAGAUGAUUAGGUUUUCCCCUGCGGUAUCAUGUCCACAGAUUUGUCAAUUUACUUUUGUUGAAUGAGGGAACAAAAAUAGUGGAGAAAUGAUAGAAGCUUUGCCUGUGUAAUCUGUUUCAUAUGUGUGAAUUGUUUGUUGAAGUAGAAAACUUAAGUUUAAUUCCGUAUGUCAAAACUACCUGCUUGACUACUGACACCCGAAGUAACAACUAAAGUUUUUGCGUGAAUCAGGACAUGCUUUAAUGGUUUCAGUGGGAUUUUUACUAAAACGAUUAGCACAUGAACAUGAUAUCUGCAUUUUGGUAAGUUUGGCAGUAACAUAGCAUUAGCAUGUUCUCUUUGCUGCAGCGUUGUUCAUUCUCUAUGGGGUAUCAUCUUUUGUCUUCUAAUGCGCUUUUUCAACUGAUGGAAUUGAUUUUCGUUUAACUGGAUCAGUGUAUUAGGCACAUCAGCCAGAAACUUGAACGCGUCAAGUUGUUAUAUACUUGACAUUUGAACCUAUUAAUGGGUUAGAUCUUCUAAAAGGAACUUCGGUUUUGUAUUGAUCCACAGAUUUCAAAUUACAGUCAACAAGUUUAUUCUACUUCCUCUCUUUCAAAAAGAUUGACACUAUUUCCUGAUUAGUCUCUUUAAAAAAGAUUGGCACCUUUUAAUAUUUCCUUAAUAAGAAGCGUGUGUAACCAUGUCAUGGGCGGCUUUCCAGCCAUGC